ACAUCUCUUUCGCGCAAACAAUCCAAACGUUCAGUACAAAACUUAGACACUAACAACACAUUUUUGUCACUAUUGCACGUUUUGGCUAACUAUGUACAAGAUGUUUCUCACUUUUUUGCUUUCGGUUUCAUUUUUUGUGAGCUCUGUGGAAUCACAGUCUUUUACAUGUAACCCGUCAUGCGUUUCACCAGCAAUGUGCGAUUUUAACACAGGAAUCUGCCGCACAUUCCGCACUGGUUUCAAUGGCCCUGUCACCAUAGGAUGUUCUUCUGCUUGUCCCUCCGGAACUAUGUGCGACACAAACACAGGGAUCUGCCGCACUUUCCGUAUUCCAUAAUCCUAAUUAUUGGAUUCGACUAAUUAAGAGAACAAUAGAAACCGCGUCUUCAUUCAUUUUUCUUUUACUCAAUAAUUCGCUCUGAAUAAAGAUGUAAUGAAAAAUGUCC